CAGACUUCCGAUUCUACAUGGAUGACUAAGGACCGGGAGGAGCGGAGAGGGUCGCUUUCGGAUGUUCUAGCUCGAUUUAAACAAAAAUAUAAAACUGUUUUUCCUCCCCUGCUCCCCUUCGACUCAUACUCGUUUGGACUCUACCGACUUACGGCAAUAAGAAAGUCGAGAGGAUGUAUCGAAACUUCGGGAGUCAAGGUAGAGGCAACCCGGCGUACACUGGCAACCAGUCUGGGUCAAACUCCGCAUCAAUGGGAAGCACCAGUACUUCCACUACGCAACAGGAGCAGAAAUUUACAAUGGCAGGCAGCAGCCAGUUUGUCCCAAGCCUUAAUGCCAUCACGACAAACCAGGACCUCCAGUGGCUGCUCCAGCCAUCCCUCAUGCAUCCUCCAGGACCUUCGCGCUCACCGGUACCUCCUUACCCAUCCAUCCUGGGGACACGGCCAAUGGGUCCGCCAUCUUCCCAGUCCCAUUUCUUUAGACCUGGGGUCAUAAGGGCAGCUGCUAAUACUCCACCUUCCACAAGGCGCAGGAAUGAUGAGCAGUUGUCAUAUGAAGAGAUUGAAAGACGCAGAGUAAGGAGGGAGAGGAAUAAAUUGGCAGCAGCAAAAUGUCGCAAUCGUCGCAGAGAGCUGACUGACACAUUACAAAAUGAGACUGAUCAACUGGAGGGUGACAAGUCACGUCUGCAGAAGGAAAUAGCUGAACUACAGAAGCAGAAGGAGAAGCUCGAGCUGGUCCUGGAGGCUCACCGUCCUAUUUGUAAAAUUGAGGACUCUGACUCCGAUUCUGAUCCCAGUCCUUCACUUUCCUCUUUGGCAGCCAUCAAACUGGAACCAGAGGAAUCCAACGUACCUGGACCCUCAACAAAAAAACCACUAAAGAAUGAUAGGCCUAAACCGAAGAUAACAAUCCCAGUCAAACCAGUAACAUCUGUUGCCUCGGUUGUUGUCUCUGAAGCAGAGACACUCCACACCCCGGUCCUCCUAUCGACGCCCUCCCUCCUGUCCUUCUCAGCCGGUAUGGUUUUCACAUAUCCAUCUUCCUCUUCUGAAGCAGGCACCUCUAUAGCCUCACACCAGGCCCUGCACCCUCAGCCCCAGCACCCCUGUGGAGUUGCUCAUCGCCGCAGCAGCAGCAGUGGUGACCAGUCGGAUCACUCCCUGCACUCUCCAACCAUUCUCACCCUGUGAUCACCUGGUGAAACAUUACAGCUGGUUUCAGUGCAGCCCUAAUGGGAGUUACAGAAACACAGGAUCUCUGCGAAACAUGAUGGAAAUAAGGGAGAUGACUGUUUUAGGCAUUUCAAGGUGAUCGGCUGCUUCAUAAUUUAAUCUCUGGACUCAGAUGACUUUUAGAUGACAUGGAAAUCUGUGGCAUUAUCAGAAUAUGAAUGUUACGCUCUUAGUGUUUUUUUAUUUUUACAUUAGUCAAUAUGUUUUUUACUUUUCUAAGCUAUAAGAGGAAAUGAAUGUCUUUUACUGGGGGAAAACUGCAUGCACUAUAUAUAAAAAUAUACUCUAAAGAAAAACUCAGGUUCUCUAAAAGAAGAGCUUGAUAACUCCAAUGAUGCAAGAAUAAUAACUAUAUUGUUUUGUCUUUUUUUCUACUUUGUGGAAGUCGAUAACGGCGGAUGGUGUGCUCAUAAAUACCAGCCUUAUUGUUUGUAUGGGUCCUUUUAGACUACAGAUAUUUAUACAGUUUAUUGACAACUAAGGCUGGACCGUAGGAGUUGAUAUAGAUUAUAUAAUCAUCUAUUUAUUAGAGUUUGAGAGUGUAAUAUAUUUUUGGUAAUGUUUGGAUUUUCUGUUUUGGUGGGCCGUGCCUUACUGUUAUUUCUAUUUUCAGACUUGUAUUAAAUUCACGGAGAAUAAAGAAGAAAAGUCUGCAUGAA